CCCAUAGCUACUUGUCCUCCAGCCUUCCCGAGUCUCCAUUCGAACCUUGGUUUCCUUUCUUGCCUCUAGAGGUUACCGUUCCUCUCUUCAGAGUCGACAUUCACCAUCUGGGCGCCCAGGGGUUAGGAGCAUACGGGGCAGGAACAACAGGCCCGCAAUGAGUGCCCUCGAAUCCAGCAUUCAUCGCGUUCUGCAUAUUCUCAUCCCGAAACUCAAAUCACCCAGCACACAACUCCAUCACCCAAUAGUUCUCGGUAUUACUGGCCUCCAGGGCUCUGGAAAAUCCACUUGGGCAUCGAUCAUUGUAGACAUAUUACAGUCCCAGUACCAAUUACGCGCCAUCACCCUGUCCCUGGACGAUCUGUACAAGGCACACGAUGGCUUGGUAGAACAGCGCGAGAAGGAUCCAGCCAACAACUUGUUCCGUACACGGGGGCAACCGGGUACGCAUGAUGAGCAACUCGCAUCUCAGUUCUUCAGUUCGCUACGGAACCAAGACGCUGAUUCAGAACUGAGGAUUCCGAGGUUUGAUAAGAGCAAGUUCCAUGGAGAAGGCGACCGGCUGCCCGAGGCUGAAUGGCCUGUGGUCAAGGGGGCUGUGGAUAUUCUCGUAUUUGAGGGCUGGUGUUUAGGUUUCCAAGCUCUUCCCGAGGACGAAGUGAAACGCAAGUAUGAGGCGUCCUUCUCAGGGACAGCACAGAGCCAAGAAGAGCCGGAAUCCACAAAUACCUUGGCUGAUCAUGCACUAAGCCAUUUGCAAGACGUCAAUCAAAAUCUGCGGCGGUAUAACGAGAGCUUCAUGGGGCCUGAACACUUUGACUUCUUGAUCCACUUAGAUACGGAUAACCUGAAGAAUGUUUACCACUGGAGGGCCCAACAAGAGGAGGCAUUAAUAAGGUCAAAGGGCUCCGGUAUGUCGUACGAAGCCGUCGCAGCCUUUGUACGAGGAUACAUGCCCGCAUAUGAGCUUUAUUUAGACGGUCUUCGGAGUGGAUUCUUCGCACGCAACACUGGGAGACAGAUCAGGGUGGUGUUGGAUGGAGAGAGAAAUGUGGCGGAUCUUGAAGUGAUAUAA